UUGUUUUACCUCCAAGAGAAAACAGAAAAAAUAUCACCUGCGACUGAUCCGAAUGAUCAGAGAGGCCCAGCACGAUUCGUGAUGACCAUUUAUAAACAAUCGAUACGGUUAAACUCGCCCAGGGGUGGUUACAGAUUUAAUUGAUCGCGCAAUGCAGGUGCAAUACCUUUUUACUUCCAGCUUGCAGUUUCGUGAACAAAAUCGACGCGCAUGCGUCACAUUUCAGAAGUAAUUGCACAUUGGAGAUGGAGAGUUAGUGGAGAAAUGUUCAACUCUUUUAUAUGGGAAGAAAAUGAUACAAUAUGAGAAAAAGAAUCGUACUGUUAUUAUUGGACAGAAAUCUCAGACAUUAAUUUUGAACAGAUAUUCAAAAUGGUUGUAAGACGGAACCACGUUAUUCAGAUCGCCCAUUAUUCUCUGAUGCAGAUACUUUUGGCAAAAGAUGUGUUUGCAUCAAAUUCCACAGAUGUCUCUACCAACACCUUCCUGUCGGGGGACAUGCUCACCGGACUGCUGGCCGGAUUCGGAUUUUUUAUCGGACUUAUCUCACUAAUUUGCAUUUGUUGGUGUUGUUGCUGUGGUAACGGAUGUAGUAAUUCUGAGACGGACAAACGAAGGGUGGGUCCAUCCCCUCCACCCUGGAGGUCACGACCUAACACUCGCGCCACCACAGCAAAUACAGUCUCCACACGGAUAACUACAGCUCCACCUAGCAGGCGAGCUUAGAACAAGUAGAUGACGUCACAGUAAUGGCGUGGUGGAUAUUCUGCAACCUCGGACAGAAUUAAUCAAAUCAACACUCAGUAUUACGCAAUAUAUGGGCGAAGAUUGAAGUAAAGAAGUUUUGAUGAUGAAAAUGAAUUAAAUUUGAAAUGAUUGACAAAAGGUAUACGAGGAAAGUUACAUAAAUUGCAUUGUAAUGGCCUUUUACAUGAUGUACAUGUAUGCAUUUAUUUAAUGUAUCAAUUGUUGAUGAAGUUGUUUGUACAAUAUUAAUGUAGAUGUGAAUUAAAUUGUUUGGUUCCCAAUUAAUUUAUUAAUUUUAUUUACGUUGCAGCAAAUAUUUUUCCAAGGACAAUAAAAUCAAUAU